UCUCAUCAACAUGCGUGUAUAACAAGACAAGAGUGUACGACUAGUCAGUGUAGAAGGGAGCACCAGAUAUCAACGACGUGUUAUCACGUACAUUCUGGCCGCCGAUUUUUCUCCAAAAUUGACCGACCUGUUUGAUUCCUUGCAUUUCCUAGUAUCAAACAAUGUAUCCCCGAAGACGCGUGGUGGAACUGUUGCAGGUCAUCUCCUCCCAAUCAUGUAGGUGUCCAGCUCAUGCACAGGUAGAGGGCAUGACCCGGCACGAUCUAGCAAAAGCUCGCAGCACGGCUGCACAUUCUGCACCACAGAAGGAAUAUGCAUUUGAGAUGGCAUGCUCGACGAUACGAUAUGGCGUCGGCGUCACCAGAGAGUUGGGUAUGGACAUGCAGAACAUGGGCACGAAAAAGGCAUGCUUGAUGACGGAUCCCAACCUGGUGAACUUGUUGCCCGUUAAAACUGCCAUGGACAGUCUCGCGAAAGCUGGGAUCCAAUUUGAGGUUUUCGACAGGGUACGCGUUGAGCCCACAGAGCAGAGUCUCCAAGACGCCAUCGAUUAUGCGAAGCGUGGGAAUUUUGAUGCUUUUAUAGCGGUCGGCGGUGGCUCGGUGAUGGACACCUGCAAGGCGGCAAAUCUUUACAGCUGCGAUCCACAGGCCGAGUUUCUGGAUUACGUGAACGCGCCUAUCGGCAAAGCAAAACCGGUCGUGGUGCCAUUGAAACCAUUGGUCGCUGUACCGACGACUUCCGGUACUGGAUCGGAAACCACAGGUGUCUCCAUCUUUGAUUAUCGACCUUUGAAAGCCAAAACCGGUAUCGCCAAUAGAGCUUUGAAACCCACUCUAGGCUUAAUUGAUCCGGAGCACACCUUGACAAUGCCAGAAAGGGUCUGCGCGUAUUCCGGUUUCGAUGUUCUCUGUCACGCCCUUGAAUCUUUCACUGCGAUACCGUACUCGGAGAGGACACCCUGUCCUACAAAUCCAAUUCUCAGGCCAGCUUAUCAGGGCAGCAAUCCUGUCAGCGAUGUAUGGUCGAAAUUUGCCCUUCAAACAAUGCGCAAAUAUUUCUCAAGAGCAGUUUACAACCAGGACGAUCUCGAAGCAAGAAGUAACAUGCAUCUUGCAAGUACUAUGGCGGGUGUUGGGUUUGGUAAUGCUGGUGUGCACCUGUGCCACGGGCUCUCUUACCCUAUUAGCGGAAACGUGCGAAGUUUUCAACCAGAGGGCUACACCAAAGAUCAUCCCAUAUUGCCACACGGUCUCUCGGUCGUUAUAUCAGCGCCUGCUGUGUUCUCCUUCACCGGAAGUGCAUGCCCGGAACGGCAUUUGGAGGCUGCCGAGCUGCUUGGCGCUGACAUCAACCGAGCAAAGAAGGAAGACGCUGGCAAAAUAUUGGCUGACACAGUGAAACAGUACAUGAACGAAAUGAAAAUCGAGAAUGGUCUGACAAAAUUAGGAUUUAAGAAAGACGACAUUCCAACACUGGUUCAGGGCACAUUGCCACAGCAUCGUAUAACAAAACUAGCGCCGAGAGAACAAUCCGAAGAAGAUAUCGCGCGGUUGUUCGAAAAUUCGUUCACGAUUUAUUAAGAACGCAUCCUCCGGAAACCGAUUAAAAGCCAGCAACAAAUAAAGAGUUAUUUUAUACCUCUGUA